UCCAGACUCCUGGAAAGGGGUCAGUUUUCUUUCAGUCACUGUGUUCCCUAACAGCUUCCUGUUUAACUGGCUGUCGUGACUCAGGGGCACCCUACACCCCAACAUUCCUGGGAAGUGGCAAAGGUAGUUACAGAUCCUGGCCACAAGCACUCAUGGAAAACAGGAAGUUCUAAAAAUGGUGAGGGGAGUUGCUCACAUACACACACACACACCCACACACACACAGUCAAGAACAGAGGGGGUGCUGGGAUCUACAGAAUGUCUGUGGACAUGAAGCCCAGGGCUGCCUGGGUUCCUGUGCCUGCCCCAGCUCUGGGGCAUACUGCAGUCUGGCCAAGUGCCAGCGGCAUAGCAGCAGGCUCAGCAGGUCCUGGGGCGUGGUGCUGCCCAAUAGUAGAGCCAGCCUACACCGGCUCAGCGGGGCAGACUCAGCAGCAGGCAGCAGCAGACAACAGAGCCUUCUGGGACUGAGGAGGCUGCACUGUGGCAGGCACCUGCGGUGGGAGUGAGGCUAUGAUCCCUAUCCUGUACUUGGCGCUGCCCACCCUGGGCAGCUACAUCAUGCUCUCCUUCUUCUUCUUGCGCCGACCUCAUCUGCUGCACACAACCCGGGCUCCCACCUUCCCUAUCCGCCUGGCUGCCCACCGUGGAGGGUCUGGAGAGCGGCUAGAGAACACCAUGGAGGCUAUAGAGAAUUCCAUGGCCCAGCGAGCAGAUAUCUUGGAGCUUGACUGCCAGCUCACACGGGAUGGCGUGGUGGUAGUAUCACACGACAAGAACCUGUCCCGCCAGUCGGGCCUAAAUAAGGAUGUGGACAGCCUGGACUUCCAGGAACUGCCCCUCUACAAGACAGAACUGGAGAUUUAUUUCUCACCAGGCCAUUUUGCCCAUGGGUCGGAUCGGCACAUGAUACGGUUGGAGGAUAUAUUCCAGAAAUUUCCAAGGAUUCCCGCGAUUGUGGAGAUCAAAGAAAAAAAUGAAGAGCUAAUCCACAAGGUAGCCAACCUGGCUAGGAGCUUUGACCGCAGUGAGAUUACUAUUUGGGCUUCAGAGAAGAACUCAAUCAUGAGGAAGUGCAAGGCUGCCAACCCCGACAUGCCAAUGGCCUUUACCAUAUUGCGAUCAAUCUGGAUACUUCUGCUCUACUACCUGGGGCUGCUGCCUUUUGUCUCCAUUCCUGAGAAGUUUUUCUUGUGCUUCCUGCCCACCAUCAUCAACAGGACUUACUUCCCAUUUUCCUGUGGAUGGAUGAACCAGCUGUCAGCUGCAGUUACAAAAUGGGUCAUCAUGAGGAAGAGUCUGAUUCAGUACUUGCAGGACCGAGGGGUGCAGGUGAGGACUCUGACACUACCCCAGCAAGGAGCUGGUUCCCGGUAUAUACCUGGUAGCACAAUCUCCAUCACACUGCAAUCGGAGGUGGAUCGUUUGGGCAGGAUCCCACCCCUGAGUCUCAGUUUCUUUGCCUAUAAAAUGCAGAGAAUGAGCCAGGCAGUGGUGGUACAGCCUUUAAAUCUAGCACUUGGGAGGCAGAGGCAGGUAGAGCUCUGAGUUCAAGGCCAGCCUAGUCUACAGAGCAAGUUCCAGAACAGCGAGGAAAGAAACUUGAGAAACAGAGAGAAACCCUGUCUUGAGCCCGUUUGAAUGCAGAGAAUGGUACCUGUAGCUCUUUUGAAUGUGUACCUGGGAUUAAUCAGGAAUUGAUAACUUUGGGUCUGCUGGAAAGGCGCUGGGAAACCAGGCCCAGCCCACCCUGUUGCUCUGCCUUCAUCAGUGGUCUACGGGAAUAGUGAAGGCAUUUUGGUUUGGGUUUCGGUGGGUUUUUUUGUUUUAUUUUUUAUGUGUAAUAAGUAUUUUGCAUAUAUAUGUAUGUAUAUGUAUAUAUAUAUAUGUAUAUAUAUAUAUAUAUAUCUGGCCUGGCGUUGAGGCCAGAAGAUGGUGUCAACUCCCUUGAAGUCGUGGUUACAGAUAGUUUUGAGCUGCCAUGCAGAUACUGGGAUCAAAUCUAUCCCCUCUGGAAGGGCAGAGUGCUUUUAACUGCUCAACUAUAUCACUGGCCCCUUUUUCUUGUUGUUGUUUUGAGGCAGGGCGUCACCAUAUAACUCCUGCUCUGUAGACCAACCUGUCCUCUGACUCACAGAGAUCUACCUGUCUCUGUCUUUUGAGUGCUGGGAUUAAAGGCAUGUGUCACUAUG